AUGAGGCCGGUGCAGCACCGGGACGGGCUCGGGCCGCCGGCAGCCCCGCGCCCCGCACUGCCGCCGUUCGGCUCCUCCCUGCCUGGGGCUCUCUCCGCGGCCGCCGCAGCUCUGCGGAGCGUCUCCCGCCCCAUCUCGGCCAGGCCUCUGUCGGACCAGCUGGAAAGGCAACUAGCACUGCAGAACCUGAUGAGAUACAGGCAAAUAGCCAUGCUGAUUUCUUGGAUGUGAGAAUUUCUCAAAUAUUUCAGGACAUUUUUUGGACACUUACUACUGUAAGCAAUAAAAAGGAAGAACCCAGCAGUUUUACUGCCAAUACUUCCCUUAUGCUUUGUAUUUUCCUAUCAUUAUGAUGUGGGCUAUGGGACACUAUUGCAAAGGAUUAAAGGUGAAGCAGAGAACAUACUUGACAUACAGAGCACUUUGCUGGAAUUGCCUAAAGGACCUCUUACAUUUAAAGAUUUGUAG